AUGUCACUCGAUACGGUGCUGGCCGAGGCCCGGCGCGCCCGGGACGCCGGCGCCACCCGUUACUGCCUGGGUGCCGCCUGGCGCAGCCCCAAGGACCGCGACCUCGACGCGGUGGCCGACAUGGUCGCGGGCGUCAAGGCGCUCGGCAUGGAGACCUGCGUCACCCUCGGGAUGCUGAGCGCGUCGCAGACGGAGCGGCUCGCCGAUGCCGGCCUCGACUACUACAACCACAAUCUCGACACCUCGGAAUCGUUCUACGGCGAGAUCAUUACCACACGCACCUAUCAGGACCGGCUCGACACCCUGGGCCAUGUCCGCGACGCCGGCAUCAGCGUCUGCUGCGGCGGCAUCGUCGGCAUGGGCGAAUCGAAACGCGAUCGCGCGGACAUGAUCGCCACGCUCGCGAGCCUGCCGACCCAUCCGGAGAGCGUGCCCAUCAACAUGUUGGUGCAGAUCGAGGGCACACCGCUUAACGGCGUCGAUGCGCUCGAUCCCUUCGAAUUCGUGCGCACGGUGGCGGCGGCCCGCAUCACCAUGCCGCGCUCGGUGGUCCGACUCUCCGCCGGGCGCGAGCAGAUGUCGGACGAGAUGCAGGCGCUGGCCUUUCUCGCCGGCGCCAACUCGGUGUUCGUGGGGCCGGAGCUGCUCACGACGCCCAAUCCCGCGCGCGAGCGCGACACCCGACUCUUCGCCCGCCUCGGCAUCGCGCCGAUGCCGGCUUAG